ACUGCAGCCAGCCGCGCCAAGGCUCCCCCUGCGCUGCGCUCCCGGCCGGCCGGAGCAGCCUGUGCGCGAUCCCCGGGAGCUGCCGGAGCUGCGCCAUGAUAAAGCGCUUCCUGAAAGAAGACUCGGAGGAGGCAGAGUUGGCCCAGUUCCUGAAGGAGUUCCCUUCAGGCGAGAGCUUUAGGAAAGUUGAACCGGAGGAGGGCAAGAGAGCCCAUGGACAGGGGCCCGUAGAUCCCGGCAUGUUCUCCAGUGUAGCCUGGCCCAUUGCCGAUGAGCUGCUAGACGAGAAGGAACUGAGGCCCUUCUCCCGGCCUCGGCCCCCGGACUUUCAGCAGCACAUCGCAGCUCCGGCACCCCUGAGCCCCUCGCGGCCUAGAAGUCCAUGGGGCAAGCUUGAUCCAUACGACUCUUCUGAGGACGAUAAGGAGUACGUGGGGUUUGCGACGCUCCCCAAUCAGGUCCAUCGGAAAUCGGUGAAGAAGGGGUUUGACUUCACGCUGAUGGUAGCAGGAGAGUCUGGCCUGGGGAAAUCCACCCUGGUGAACAGCCUCUUCCUCACUGACAUGUACAGGGAUCGCAAACUCCUCAGUGCAGAAGAGCGCAUUACUCAGACAGUGGAGAUCACCAAACACGUGGUGGACAUUGAGGAGAAGGGGGUCAAACUGCGCCUGACCAUUGUGGACACCCCAGGAUUCGGCGACGCUGUGAACAACACGGAAUGCUGGAAACCUGUGGCUGAUUACAUAGAUCAGCAAUUCGAGCAAUAUUUCCGGGACGAGAGUGGCCUGAACCGGAAGAACAUCCAGGACAACCGCGUGCACUGCUGCCUCUACGUCAUCUCACCCUUCGGACACGGCCUUCGUCCCCUGGAUGUGGAAUUCAUGAGAGCUCUCCAUCAGCGGGUGAACAUUGUGCCCAUCCUGGCGAAAGCUGACACCCUGACGCCCUCAGAGGUGGAGCGCAAGAAAAGCAAGAUUAGAGAGGAAAUCGAACAUUAUGGGAUCCGGAUCUACCAGUUCCCUGAGUGCGACUCUGAUGAAGAUGAGGAUUUCAAGCUGCAGGACCAGGCACUGAAGGAGAGCAUUCCUUUCGCUGUGAUCGGCAGCAACACAGUUGUGGAGGCUAAAGGAAGGCGAGUCCGUGGGCGACUGUAUCCCUGGGGCAUCGUGGAAGUGGAGAACCCUGCGCACUGUGACUUUGUGAAACUGCGUACCAUGCUGGUGAAGACCCACAUGCAGGACCUCAAGGAUGUGACACGAGAGACCCACUAUGAGAACUACCGGGCGCAGUGCAUCCAGAGCAUGACCCGCAUGGUGGUGAAAGAGAGGAACCGCAACAAACUGACGCGGGAAAGCGGGACAGAUUUCCCCAUCCCAGCUGUCCCAGCAGUGCCGGACUCUGAGACAGAGAAACUCAUUCGGGAGAAGGACGAAGAGUUGCGGCGGAUGCAGGAGAUGCUGCAGAAGAUCCAGAGACAGAUGAAGGACUCCCACUAGCCACCUCAUUCCUCUCCAGCUCCCGCCCCACUUAGACCAGAAAUGUUUACAUCAAACCCCAGCCAUCAAAGCCAGCUAUGCUACUCAAUACCAACAAUGCACCUAGCACCUUCAGCUGACGCAAUACGCCUUAUUAUGGACCCUCGCUGCGCUUUCCUCAGCGACCUACAGGAAAUAAAGGCUGACCCGCACCAAAGCUUCUGCUGCCACCCUCCCCAUGCCUACCCUGGCUUGGACUCAGCCGGCUUCCUUGGCAAGGCUCCUGCAAACCCAGCCUUGCCCACCUGCGGCUGCAGGCAGUCUUCCCCAUGGUCUGACUGAGUCAGGCCCAGCCACUGGGCUGCUUCCCUCAUGUUGAAUGUGUGCAGAGCCACAUGUCUGUCUACAGGCCCCCCCUCCCCCCCCCAGUGCUGAGUUUCACAUAUUUUCCCCUCAAGGCUCCUUCACAGUUGGGCCCCAGAGCAGGCCUCGUGCAGCAGGUGCAGGCCUGGGACGUGGCUGAUUGGUGCAGCGCAGUGGCCAUGGCCGUGUGCCCAGGCUGCUCCCCAACAGUAUGAGGAGCCAGUGAUGUCAGCAUUUUGCAGUGGUUCCAGAGCAAAACUCUCAGUCCCCAAGGCAGCCUGUGGCCUGGCAGCUCAUGCUGCAGGGAGCUCUGCUCUGCUCCCAGCAAAGCAUGAGCUGCUCCCCCAGGGCCCUGCCCAGGCAGAGCGGAUGUAUGGGAUGUCGACACAGCAAGUGAAGGGGGGUUGUAGCAGACGUUGCAUGCCCCUGUUAGCGUCCAUCUAGCUAGCGUGGGUAACGACAGCAGCACAGGCUUCGACAUGGACGAGCCACCCAUGUAAAACUCUCCCAGGAUGCUGGGUCCAUACUCCAGUUAGCUUCACUACUUGCAGCCCGCCCUCACUAUAUUAAAACUAGUGCGGGUCUGUGUCCCCAAGCCACAGUCACACACCACUUGCUGGGCGCCUGUAGCCUCUGUGGGCCCCCUCCCUCCUGGCCACCAGCUGAGAGCCACCCUCAGGAACCUACUCAGGUCUUGGGACUGGUGGACCACAUUCUGUUCUCUCCUACAUGUGCUACGCUAGUGAGGCCAGUGGACUCCAUGCGUGGCACUCAGAGAAGAGUGUGGCCUCGUGGCAUCGGUGGGAGAGGAGCAGAGAAGAUAGAAACAGUCCUAGUGCCACAGAAUCCAUGUCCCAUGGUGGUAAAUAUGCUCAGGAAUAUGCUUCCUCGAGGGACUGGACAUCAGGAUCCUCCAGUGCCCCCCGUCUGCUCUGCUAAUCCUGGUGUGGCCAGGCAGCAUCUCCCACACCAGCCACUCCCCCAGCAGGGCAGUGAGAGACGGACAGGCACACCUGGCCUAGCAAUGGGAGCAGCGCUGUGUGUGCGAGCACAGGGCUGGUGCUGCACUGCUCACACACGCACACACACACUGCAGGGCCCUAGCCUGGCACAGGUGCCUACGCACACGUACAGCAGGCACCAGGUCCCCUCCUGGCAUGUGCACACAGACGCUGCAGGGCCCCUCCUCUCUCCUGUGAGCUGGGUGAUGGGGGCAGGAAGGCAGCAUUUCAUUGUGAGUUGUACAUGGCAGUGCACAAGGAGAUCCCUGACGCUAGGCCCUCCCAGAAAUCCCCUGGCCAGGCAAGUUGCCCUUCUGUGCCCUGUUUCAGCCAGUGUCCUUGCCUUGUUGGGAGAGUCUCGAUGAACCUCCAUUGGCCAUGCUGGAGACUAAGGCCCCGUUUCCAGUCUCCCAUCCUGCAGUGUGCUGCACACCAGUCCGGGGACACAGCAGCUGACAGCUCCCUGUAACCCCCCUUGCUGAUCACGGACUCCACCUUGCAAGGAGCGUGACUGUAGCAAACUGGUGGGUGAGGCCACAGACUCACAAUGUCCAGAGUGGAUUUCCCAACAUCGUUGCAAAGAACAGGAACCAAGACCUGGGUGAGCUCACCCUCCCAGCCAGCUCUGGCAACAAGGUGGGGCCUGGAGACUGGCCAAACCAUUUCAAGGACAGAAGCAGCUUUCUUUUAUCAGCACCCAGACCUCCACUCCCAGUGUCUUCUGCAUUGUCUCGCAAAGUCUCCUACUAAAUAUCACUCACAAAUGCAAUGGAAAACCCCUUUGUUUGCCUCAAUCCAGAUUAAAGACCUGCUCAAUUGUCCUCUUGGAGCUUCUUCCCCCUACAACUGACUUCUCUGGUUGUGCCCGGAGAGCAUUCCUCAUUCAGACAGUUGGUAUUUCUAUCCUUCUGGGACACCACAGAUGGAGAAACCAGUUUGAAUAAAAUAGACUGACUUGAACCUUUGCCCAAAACUUGAACAAAACCUUUCCAGGGCUUCCCAUGCUUGCUAGGCUGCCUGCAUUCUGCCCCAAAACAGAGGUGUUGAAGAAUGGAGAGGAUCAUUGUCCUGACAGCAUCUCCAGCCCAGCAAAGCAAAGAAGACCAGAAAUGUCCUGAGGAAGCUGGUUCUUGUGAGUCGUCCAGCCCAACUUUGCAGACUCACUAGGUUCAAGAUAAGGAGUACUUGUGGCACCUUAGAGACUAACCAAUUUAUUUGAGCAUGAGCUUUCGUGAGCUACAGCUCACUUCAUCAGAUGCAUACCGUGGAAACUGCAGCAGACUUUAUAUAUACACAGAGAAUAUGAAACAAUACCUCCUCCCACCCCACUGUCCUGCUGGUAAUAGAUAGUUUGGAUAAAUUCUGAGAAGCUUCCACCGUUUGGGUUGUGUCACUUUGGGGCGCAGUCCAGUUCCUUGAGGUGUUCCCAUCACUUUCUCUGAAUCCUGCCUCUGUCAGAUGGUGACCAAUGCCAUCUGGAGAAAGAUGGGUGAUUCUUGUGGGUGUCCCUGUGUCACGUCAAUCUCCAUGCACAGGCCCUGCACCAGCUGCUGUCUCUGGUUCAGCAUCUCUUUAGCAAAGAGUUUGGGGUCCUCCCUUGGGAGGAGCCUACUUAGAAUCAUAGAAGAUUAGGGUUGGAAGAGACCUCAGGAGGUCAUCUAGUCCAAUCCCCUGCUCAGAGCAAGACCAAGCCCACUAAAUCAUCCCAGCCAGGGCUUUGUCAAGCCAGGCCUUAAAAACCUCUAAGGAUGGAGGUUCCACCACCUCCCUAGGUAACCCGUUCCAGUGCUUCACCACCCUCCCAGUGAAAUUGUUUUUCCUAAUAUCCAGCCUAAACCUCCCCCACUGCAACUUGAGACCAUUGCUCCUUGUUCUGUCAUCUGCCACCACUGAGAACAGCCGAGCUCCGUCCUCUUUGGAGCCCCCCUUCAGGUAUCAUAGAAUCAUAGAAUCA